AUGAAGUAUGCCGCAAGAUCUUGCCCUCACUGGCUGUGGUGUCUUCAGGAGGAAACCAGCACUACGAUUGUUGGCACAAACCGCUUAGAGGAGCUGACUGCCCACUUGCCUCCUGACAGUCCAGCCCCUACGAUGCUCCUACAAGUUGAGUGUCACCAGCGAUCCAUGCGAACACGAAAACACACAGGCUUCACAGAGGGUAUUUGCUUAAGUCCUUUGGGGGGGCAUGCCCCAGGUGCUCUCCUUGUCAACGCCGUCAUUGGCGAUGCAUAUGGUUCACGACCUCCGGGAUGUUGUCAUUGGAUCAAAGAAUGCCACCCCAAGUCAUGCUUUAGCAGGACUGGGGCUGGAUCUACCACCUUUUUUAACCUAUUGUAUCCGUUUGUCGAUGUGCUUUGCCUGCGCGUACGCAAGGACGAGGACAUCAGAACCAUUGCCAACCAAUUGGUGCUCUGGACCGGAAGUCCAACGACAAGACCACUUUACGCCCCACGACUGAUCAUCGAGUUCUGUGGAAAGAGCUUCGCCAAGAAAGACAUUGAAAGACUGGUAGCAAUGACCGAGGGUAUCUUCGGCCUGGGCUUGCUGAACCAGCUCGCUCUAUUGUUCUCGGGUGUCGCAUACACAAAAGGCACGCGAGGUUUGCCACAACUCGCCGUGCGCGCCGCCAUAGAGGUCCGUGAAUCGCGCCGACAAUCUCGAAACCUUUUCUCAGUCGUUCAUUGGGUUGAAUUACAAAGAAGAGCAUUUGCGUCUAUCGAGAAGUUCCCUCCGGGGAUAUUUGACUGCGUUCAAGCAGCCAGAGAAGACUUUCCAGUCCGGGCCUCUAUGGUUACCCAUUUUCUCGAAUUUGUCAGGAACAUCAAUUGCUGGGAGCAGCUCUCUGAUUUCGCAGUACCUGUUAUUGCCUCAAGUAUAUUGGUGGACCACUAUACGCCAGGCAUGCACUGGCUUGUUUUGAGAAUCCAUCCGCCAACAGCUGGCCAUGGCAUCCUCUGCAUCGAUGGCGGUGGUGUGGGAGGCAUUGUUUCGUCAACGAUUCUUGAACUCGUUGAGGAUGAACUCAAUCUUCCCAUCCCAAUCCAGGAUCACUUCAGCAUGGCUUAUGGUGUCAGCGUUGGCGGUCUGGUCGUGCUCGCUCUCUAUGAGAACGGAUGGUCGGCCCGAAAAUGUACACGAAGGCUACAAACCUUGGCUAGGGAUGCUUUCACAAGCCCCGUUGUCACGUUUUUCGGUAUCUACUUUACCUUGAAAUGGCUUCAAUUACUGCUUUUCGGCCAUCUGUAUUCCAACCGUGGCAUCGAGAAAGCUUUACAGAAAGCUUUUGGGGAAAAAAGGCUCAUGGCUCCAUCUUACGCAACCACGAGUGGCACAAAGUUUGGGGUCUUGACCACGAGCACCGAGCGACCCUCGACAUAUGUGUUCGCCAAUUACAUUGGGCCGAGCAGUCAGAAAAAAGGAUACUCUAUCGCCCAGAGCUCUUUGGACACACGUACAUGGCAGGUGUACUUCUCUCCUAGCAACAUAUCUGGACUAGGGACCUUCCAAGACGGCGGUGUGCUGCGCAACAACCCUACUCUGGUCGGCCUUUCGGAAUUUUCUGAACUGUACGCGGAUGCUAAGCCGGACGUCGUGCUCAACUUGGGAACAGGGUCCACGAUGACAACCACGUCGCCGAGAAGUAGACUCGGGAGGAUCCUGGCACGAGGUUGGCUAGGGCGACUUAUUCUUGCUUAUCUAUCAUUUCUUCAAGGAGACAGAACAUGGGACGAUGUUGUGGGCCUACUCAGGAAACGUCCACAGGACGGCUUCUUCAGACUAAAUGUUGCUCUGAGUUCGGCAGUCGCUUUGGACGACAUUGGCGCCAUGCCGUCGCUAAGGUCACUCGUUCUCAAGGACAAACCUCUCAAGGCAGCUGUAGGGGAGCUAGCCCAUCGACUUUUUGCGGCACUGUUCUAUAUGGAGCUUACGUCUGCUGCCAGCUGCUCUUCUUUCUCCAGUCGCGUUGCUGGCGUCAUUUUAUGCAAACGCAAAGCACCUGAUUCCGCCGUUGCAUCGAUAAUUGCGCGCUUAACGAAGUACAACAUAUAUGCCAACGGGCAGCGACUCGAGAAUCAGACGUUGGUGAACGUAAGGGGCGAUAUUGAAAUACAGCUCGUCACCACUACAACCCACGAUAUCAGCAUAGAACUUGAGGAGAUAGCAUCCGGCUCACGCUUUCCAAUCAGCGGGUCACCUUUUUCACUAGCUGCCCUUAUCAGGAACAGUGAAGCGACAGCAGUCUUCGGGAAGCGGUUACAGAAAAGGAGAGGUGACCGUAUGUACGGACCAAGCGUAAAGCGCCGGGCAAUCUCAUGA